UUCAGUUUUCUUCACAGUUCGAAAUCGAGAUUCGAGCGUGGUUUUAGUUGUUGAUCUUAAGGUUAUUAAAGUAUUUUGUCAUAAUAUAAUUUGGAAAUCAACAUUAGUGAUAAGUGUAACAAUAUUAAUAAGUGUUCAUAACAUUUUGGUAGGCAAAAUGGGGAAGCAGCGCAAGACAAGAAAAAUAGUAGAGAAAAGAUUUGCCAAAAUGAAAAAGGUUAUUAGUCCGAGUGAUCCAAGAAUUAAAGCCAAAGAUCGUGCCGAACCUAAAAAGAAGAAAGCAAUCGAUCCCCAUGAAAUGAAAAUCCGCGAAGUACCUCAAACUAGCUCCGCUUUGUUCUUCCAAUAUAACACACAACUGGGUCCACCUUACCAUAUACUUAUUGAUACUAAUUUUAUUAAUUUUUCAAUAAAAAACAAAUUAGACAUUAUACAAAAUAUGAUGGAUUGUCUGUAUGCUAAAUGUAUUCCAUAUAUAACAGACUGUGUCUUAGGUGAAUUGGAGAAAUUGGGUAGAAAGUACAGAGUUGCACUAAGGAUUAUAAAAGACCCACGAUUUGAGAGGAUAGCCUGCCUUCAUAAGGGAACAUAUGCGGAUGAUUGCAUUGUGCAAAGAGUCACACAGCACAAAUGUUACAUAGUAGCUACUAAUGAUAAAGAUUUAAAACGAAGAAUAAGGAAAAUUCCUGGAGUACCAAUCAUGUAUGUUGCAGAACAUAAAUUUACUAUAGAAAGAAUGCCAGAUGCUUAUGGUGCCCCUAAGGGAGCCAUUUAGGGUUAAGUUUACUUUAAUAAAUUUAUAUGUAAGA